UGUAGCUGUGUCCAUUUACACCAGCAGAGGAAAUGAUCUGAACAAAAUCUAAUUUUGUUGUUUCAUUAUUCCAGGAGAACUGGAAUGAUUGCAGUGUUUUAACAUCUGCCAGAUGGCACUGUGACUUGAGAGGGCAGCAGCUCCUGAGUUCAGGAUUGUACCCUAAAAUCUCCGCAGUAAAGAUUCCCCUUGGUUUUCCCUAUGGGAGUGACUUCCCAAAAGGCACGUGGAGAAUGGAAACAAAACAGGAUGGCAACACCUCCGCCCAUCCUGAAAGGAGAUUGCGCAGUCAUUCCCAGAUCGGAAAAUCCCUUCAUGGCAAAGAGGAAGAACUUGUCUCUCCUAUUUUAUUUCAUGGCUGCUGAGUUCCUGUAAAUUGGGGUGGGUGUAACAGCCAGAUCCAUAAAAGGAACGUAGAAGAACCCAGAUCCAUUCUCUGGGCCACCACAAGCAGAACAAUUGCAACCAGCAUGGGUCACACCUUCGUUUGGACCGGUUUAGCUGCCUUCCUCUUUCUUCAGUGCGAUUCUGCCUAUAAGCUGGUUUGUUACUUCACAAACUGGGCCCAGGACAGGCCAGGCGAGGGGCACUUUGUCCCUGAUUACAUCGACCCACAUCUCUGCACCCACCUCAUUUAUGCCUUUGCCAACAUAAGCGAAAAUGAGAUCACUACCUCCAUGGAAUGACGCCACACACUAUGAAACUUUCAAUGGACUGAAAAGCAGGAAUCCUAGCCUCAAGACCCUCCUGUCCAUUGAUGGAGGAAAAACAGGUUCCAACAGAAAUAAUAUGCAUACAACUUGCCACACCAAAUGGAGUUUCCCAGACACUUCAAUCUAAACACACUGAAUUGGAUAGCUACCAAGAGACAGAUUUUAAGAGAUGGCAAAAGCAUUUCAGGAGAAAGCUCAAAAGACAGGGAAGCAGAAGCUUAUACUGAGUGCAACAGUGGGAGCUGUGAGGGAGCUAGUGGAUGCAAGCUAUGAAAUCGACAAAAUCUCAGAGGCUGUAGAUUUCCUUAACCUCUUGACCUUUGACCUCCAUCGUUCCUGGCAAAAAGUCACAGGACAUGUCAGCCCAUUUCUCCAGGGUAAAGAAGACUCCAAAUCCUCUUCUUAUUAUAAUGUUGACUAUGCUGUGAGAUACUGGAGGAGCAAGGGUGCCCCAGCUGAGAAGCUCAUCAUGGGAAUCCCCACCUAUGGACGGUCAUUCACCCUCUCCUCCUCCAGGACAGGCAUCGGUGUGCCCAUCUCUGGGCUUGGAUCACCCGGCCCAUUCACUCAAGAGGCAGGAUCAUUGGCCUAUUAUGAGAUCUGUACUUUUACACCAGGUGCCACCACCGAGCGGAUUGUGGAGCAAGAGGUCCCAUAUUCCUACAAAGGAAACCAGUGGGUAGGGUAUAACGAUGAGCAAAGCAUUACAACCAAACCAGAAGAAACCAUAUCCUCUAAUAGGAACUGUGAAAGCAAAGCUGAGCUCCGGCAAUUGAGCCGGCAGAGUAUGAAGCUAUGAAUGCACUACGAGGAAGACCGUCUCGCUUUCUUUCUUUGGAUGGGGAAAGAGUUUGAAGACAUGCUGGGGAAUGUUCAUGCAGCUCAAAAAUAACACUCGUGUGUGGCAUACCCGCUCUCUUUCACCAGGACAUCCACUGGUGGUUUCCUCUCCUCUCGUUUUGUAAUAAAGCCACAGACAACAGGGCCCCUUCCCCUCAGAAUUGCCCAAGGCAGAGAGCACCACAAACACCCUCCUCACUCUUUUUCACCUUACACUGUGUAUUGUGUCACCCAAGUGAACCAAAACAGUGGGAGUGAAAACUAUUUAAAUGAAGCAAUAGGAAAGGAGAUGGACUGCCCCCCUCCCCGCCUACCCCUCCUUCUUCCUCAGAAAUAAUGGUGGGUAAAAUAUCCACCUCAAGCCUCCAACACAGAAAAGCACAAGAAUCAAUUGUAAAUGGAGCAGGAACCUCCAGCUCUGUAAACACAAGCUCAUUAAGGGCUGAAGCAGUCUGAUUAUCACAUCCCAAGCCCCAUUAUUAUUCGCCCCCUCCCCCACAGAUAAGCUUUAUUGCCUCUCUGCAAUUUGGGGUUACUCCACAGCUGGCCCAUAACUAUAUCUUAUCAAGGUCUUCAGCAUAAUCUUAUCCUGGUCCAUUCAGUGAAGCUUGGGAAGAGAUUUCCAAAGGCAAAGGAAUGUUGGCAGUUCCCGUUCCCCAGUACAGAUUCCAUUGAAAGCAGUGGCUAAUAAGUCUCCUUCUAGAGCUCAGGAGGUAAGCAGCUAGCAGGCUACUGGUAAAACAGGGAUAUGGCUCUCUGUGUUCAGUAUAUCAAAGAUCUAUGGAGCAGUCACCCACUAGCAAACUAUAAUUCACCUGGGGGAAACCGUAUGUCAUAUUAACCUCUUCUAGUUGCCAGUGGAUCUGCUGAGUGGGAGGUUUGCCAUGUGUGCUCCUUAGACUUUCAAUGGGCAGACUCCAUCUACCCAACUAUACUCACUACUCCAGGCUUGGAGAAAAACAAUGUAUUGCAACAGAAAUUUAAAUGGAAAAUGCCACCACCCUAGUACUCUGCGUCAGUAAUUAUUGUCUGACCUGCCCAUGACUUCCCACAACUGUGAAA